CGACCUUUCCCGCAUGGGACUGUGACGACAUUUGUCUCUAAUGCUUCUUCUUUCUGCGCUGUCUGCGUGUGUGCUUGCAUCGGUACGUACCUGGUUGCUGCCCCUUUCGGUCUCAAGCGGCAAGCCCACGAUCUGGAGAAUAUCCGCGUCGUCCGACGCAUUGUCGGUCGCAAACAGGCCUCCGGUUUACGCGCGUCCAAAUGUCGAGGCCUGGGCUCCCUGGGCCCGCGUCAGGUGGUCACGGCAACCACGACGGCAACCACGACAGUAACCAUGCCUACCUGCACGACCGCCACGUCGAGCUCGUCCUGUGGCCGGCCGCCAGGCUGCCCGAGUCCGCAGUGUCCGCCCCCGUCGGGGCAAAAGCGGCGCCGGCCUCCUCGUCGGCCGUGGUCCCAUUGCUUUGCUGAGCCGACGUCCAUUUGCUGGCCGGUCCGGAUGGCCAAUGAGCCCAACGGCCAAGGGGCAACUGGCCGCCACCGGCCGCUCAGUCAGCCACAGACACAGCCUCCCUGCGCUACAGCAGGCCUCGACAACCAAGCGCAUUGGGCCGAACGACACAACUGCUCGGCUGACGCAGAGUCGGCCGCGGGCCAGAAGCAAAGCGGUCAAGCCUCGGAGGUGCCAGAUUUGGGCGCCGGGGAGACUGUGAGGCAGGAAAUGCUGGCAAAUAUGUGCUCUGAGUGUGGCGCCGAGUUCGUCUGUCUCGGGGCCGACGGGUCGAGCGACAGCGGCUCCACCGACGAGGAGGACGAGCGCUACCUUUUCAACCGUGAACAGGCUUUCCGGCCCAGCGGUAGAACGAGUGCCGGUUAG